AUGCUCCCCAGCGCCGUGGCCGCCCAAGCCGGCGCGUACUGGGACGUGGUGGCUUCCUCCGCACUCCUGAACCUCCCCGCAGCGCCGGGCUUUGGCAACCUGGGCAAGAGUUUCUUGAUUGAAAACUUGCUGCGGGCCGGCGGCGCCACGCCGCCAGGACUGCAGCCGCCCCCGCCCCACGGCCCAGCGGUCGCUGUAGCCGCUGCUGCAGCCGCCGCCGCCACGCAGGUCCGGCCCCUGCCCGCCAGUCCUGUUCCUCUCAAACUGUGCCCUGGGACCGAACAAGCUAGCCCCGCCGGGGCACCCUACGGCACGCGGUGGGCUUUUCAUGUUCUCGGCCCCUCGGCGGACUGCGCAAGGCUGUCGGGCCGGAACCCGGGAGACCGCGACUGUACCUUCCAGCCUUCAGCCCCAGCGCCUUCCAAACCUUUUUUCCUGAGCUCCUCGCCAUUCUACUCAGCAUGCUGUGGUGGGUCCUGUCGGCGCCCUGCAUCCCCCACUGCUUUUCCAAGAGAAGACAGUGUACUGCCUCUCCUGACACAGGACUCUAAUUCCAAAGCUCGGAGGGGCAUUUUAAGAAGAGCAGUCUUUUCUGAAGACCAGAGGAAGGCUCUGGAGAAAAUGUUUCAGAAGCAGAAAUAUAUAAGCAAAACAGACCGAAAGAAACUUGCCAUCAAUUUGGGACUAAAGGAAUCACAGGUGAAAAUUUGGUUUCAGAACAGAAGGAUGAAAUGGCGAAAUUCCAAAGAAAAGGAGGUGCUUUCCAACAGGUGUAUCCAAGAAGUAGGCCUUCAAGAAGAUCCCCUCUCAAGAUCUGCUCUGGGUUUCUCUUCUCCAUGUCCUUCAAUAUGGGAAGUCUCCCAACAACACUCAAGUCCAAGAUGGAGGGAGAAUUCACCAGAAUCUUCAGAAAGACUGAUUCAGGAGAGUUCUGGGGUACCACUCCUGGAAGCAAAUUCACGGCAAGGUGCCUUGUAUUUGUGUUCUGAAGAAGAAGCUGGAGAUAAGGGUGUACUUAAUGCAGCCAUCUGA